CACAGGAAUGCGGACAACACCGAACAACUGAGACUCCUAGAAAUUGUGUCCUGCCACGGCCUAAAGUAUUAAUUUGUUGCUAAUAACGAAAUUUAGGAAUGUUAUGAUAUAGAAAUGCCCAUCUUUAGAAGUGACCCUUGUGGUAUUGUUUGUGUUAUCUUAACCUAUGUUGCAUUAUUUUAUAGUGAUUAUGUAGUCAUUAACUGGAUUGUUUUGCAAACUAUGCAGGGAAGUCUAUGGGCGCCAUGUCAUGUUGUUGUGUUCAACACACUCAUCUUCCUGGCAAUCAUGGCACAUGUCAGAGCUGUGUUCUCGGAUCCUGGGAUUGUACCUCUGCCACGCUCCAGGAUAGAUUUUUCUGAUAUGCAUGCAGGAAAAAUAGAGGCAGAAGAUGGAGGGGAGUGGUCAGUGUGCGCACGCUGCGAGAUGUACAGGCCGCCACGCGCGCACCACUGCCGCGUGUGUCAGCGCUGCAUUCGCAGAAUGGAUCACCAUUGUCCGUGGAUCAACAACUGUGUGGGCGAGUGGAACCAGAAAUAUUUCCUGCAGUUCCUGGUGUUCGUGGGGAUGCUGUGCCUGUACUCCCUGUUCCUGAUCGCCACGUCCUGGAUCCACCCGUGCAGUAGCGGCCACUGCAAGCCUCCCCCCAUGAUGAUCAAGCAGGCCAGGCUGAUGCACUCAGUGAUCCUGUCCAUGGAGAGCAUUUUGUUCGGGUUGUUCGUCUCGGCAAUUCUGUGUGAUCAACUGCAAGCCAUCUUCUCCGACGAGACUGCCGUGGAGCAGGUGAAGCGACAAGGCCCCUACAGAGGACAUCGCCCCAAGUUGGCCCUGAUGGGGGAAGUGUGUGGCAAGUCUCAUCCCCUCCUCUGGCUUCUCCCCUGCUCCAGUGCCCCUACAUCACACUCCUCCAUCUCACCUCAUCCUCCCAUACUGCCUGUCUAACACAUCAAUGUUAAUUAUUUAACCAAAGACUUUAGGAUUGAGUAUUUUUUGCAAGAGGUCCCGAAGAAAUUAAUUGUUAUGUUGUUCUGGUGCCUCCAUGUCGGCACCCUCAGCUGGCAUUAUCGUUCUUAGUUGGGUCAGCUGCUGAUGACGCUAGUGACCAGACCUGCACGAUAACAGUGACGUUAGUGACCAGGCCUGUAGCUAGCAAUAACAGUGACGACGCAUAAUGUAUCAGUAGACUGCCUGUUAAAUCUACCUGCACUCGUAAGUUUGUGUUAUGUUAUGUCUGA